UUUAUGGGAAUUUUUGACCAUUCCUCUAGAAGCACAUUUGUGAGGUCAGGCGCUGAUUUUGGACGAGAAGUCCUGGCUCACAGUCUCCGCUCUAAUUCAUCUCAUUCAUAAUUGAUUUGGAGGGGUGUCCCAAAACUCUUGGCAAUAUAGUGUGAGCGGUUUUGCGUAGACAUAAGAUAACACCCGACUCAAUCUGAAUUCUGGGUUGUAACCAAAAACGUAAUGUCAUUGGAUGUAACACUACACAACAUAAGAACCUGUUAGAACCUGAUUAUUUUUCUAUAACAACUCUAAAUGCCAUGUUUGAGAAGCCGUUAUUAAUCCUGGUACAAAGAUUAAGGCGUGUAUUUGAAUAUUAAUAACUAGGGUGUGGCAUUGUGGGCGGGGAAUGGGUUACAGAUGAUUGAGUCAUUUCCUCUCGGCUCGCUGUUUCUCCGGACCAGCAGGGGGCGAUAAUGCUCAACCGCAUACUGCAAGGAACUGUGCACUGAGUCAGAAGACCAGAGCACUGGAGCUAAACACACUUCAGAGCAUGUUAUUAAUAUUUAAUAUCACAAUUAAAAUGCAUGUAAUUAAUCAACCUCUUUAAUUAAGCUCUUCUUGGUUGUUGUUUGAGGGAUUAUUCUGACUUGUUCGUGCGGCUCUGCACACUGAUGGCUGUGAGAUCUGUAAACAUGUUCUUUACAGUCAUACUUUUAUGGAUUAAUGUUAUGUUUUGGGUAAAAGCUGAUGAGAGUAUGGUGUCGGUUCCUGGUGGGAACCUGAAAAUAGGAACGAACACCGCUGACGGCCGAGACGGUGAAUCUCCUGAAAGAGCUGUGAAAGUCCAGAGCUUUAAGAUGGACAAAUAUCCUGUAACCAACUCCGAUUUUAGGGAAUUUGUUCGAUUGCAAAAAUAUAAAACGGAGGCUGAAAAAUUUGGAUGGAGUUUUGUGUUCCAGGAUUUUGUGUCUGAGGAGCUGAAAAGCAAAAUCACCCAGAGGAUUGAGUCUGCACCCUGGUGGCUGCCAGUUGAGAAAGCAUUUUGGAGACAGCCAAGUGGACCAAAUUCUACCGUCAAAGACCGUCUAGACUCUCCGGUGGUGCAAGUGAGCUGGAAUGAUGCUCAGGCUUACUGUAAGUGGAAGAAGAAGAGGCUGCCCACUGAGGAGGAGUGGGAAAUAGCUGCACGCGGAGGGCUGGAUGGAAGGACGUACCCAUGGGGCAACAAGUUCCUCCAGAAUCGCACCAAUCUCUGGCAGGGGUCAUUUCCAGAAGGGGACACAGCUGAAGACGGUUAUCAUGGUGUAGCUCCAGUAACGGCUUUUCCUCCACAAAAUAAUUAUGGGCUUUAUGAUAUAUUGGGGAAUGUCUGGGAGUGGACGUCUACACGUUUUACUUCUCCUCAGGUCAUGUACGUCCUGCGUGGGGCAUCAUGGAUCGACACAGCUGAUGGAUCAGCCAAUCACAGGGCACGAGUCACCACCCGAAUGGGAAAUACGCCAGAUUCGGCGUCAGAUAACUUGGGCUUUCGCUGUGCUUCGGACCACAAGACCAAAAAACAGAGCAAGAGCAGAGGAAAAACUGAGCUGUGAGGAUCUAACGGAUAGAUUUGGUCAGCAGUCAGACGCUUUAAUAUGCAUCUCUCCUGUGGAGACCAGAACCAGACAUUGAUUAUGGAAAAUCAUUCCAUUUAACACUGUGAAAAUAAAAACAGCAUUUUUAAA